AGAUCCCCCUGUACUUUGUGGACUUGCAGGAUGACUUAGACGACUAUGGAUUUGAAGAUUGUGGUCCAGACUGUGACAACGGGAAGGUCACGGCUUUCUUGGACAUCCCUGGCCACGAUAAGCUGCCCCUGCUCACUCGCUUGGAAAAGCGUGCGUUCAGCGAGGAUGUCUUCAGCCGUCAGAUUGUUGCCAGAGGAUUGCUGGAUGUCUUCCGGGACGUCAAUGGCAGUGACAAGGACACCCUGGCAGUGAUGGAGGUGGCAGUCCGACUGUCAGAAGAUGCAGAGCCCACGGUGCGGACUGAGCUGAUGGAGCAAAUCCCUCCCAUCGUCACUUUCUUACGGGAAAGCAGGUUGGAUUUUCCUGUGGUGGUCUCCCAGCACCUCGUGCCUGUGAUAGCACGGUACCUGGCGGACGUGGACAAGCAGGUCAGAAAAUCCAGCCAGGAAGUGCUGCUGGCUCUUCUGGAGCAAGAUCUAAUUGCCCAGUGUGACAUUGAAGGCAAAGUGUGUCCUGUUCUGCUGGAGCGCUCUGGCCCUGACUGUGAUGAUGAGUGCAGAGCAGAGGCCAUGAGUGGACCAUCAUGGACCAUCUCAUUUCCUUCAGCUGCCGCCCCUCUGUUGACCUGUGCAGGUGACGCUGUGUGCUUGACCCUCUCUGUGAACUACAGUUCAGAGCUGCAGACAAUCUGCAGAAUGGCGUCCAUGGUGCCCAGGAACACAUUCACGAGCCUGCUGCUGCCUCGAUUCUGUGAGCUGUGUGCCGACAACAAACUCUUCCAAGUUCGGAAGGUAUGCGCCACGCAUUUUGGCGAUAUUUGUCAUGCUGUUAGACAAGAAGCCACUGAGAAAUUUCUGAUACCAACGUUUUUUGAGCUCUGCUCGGAUAACAUGUGGGGGAUGCGGAAAGCAUGUGCAGAGUGCUUCAUGGCCGUGUCCUACAAUACCUCCCCUGAGGUCCGCAGGGCCCAGCUCUCGCCUCUCUUCAUCAAACUCAUCAGUGAUCCCUGCCGAUGGGUGCGCCAGGCUGCCUUUCAGUCCCUCGGCCCCUUUAUCUCCACAUUUGCAAACCCAUCCCGGGCUGGUCUGUACAUUCGAGAGGAUGGCACCCUGAGCAUCAGGCCUCCGAGCCAAGAGGUGGAAUCUGACUUUGCCUCUGGACCACCCAGCACUCACAGUGCCUCCUCCUUAGCCGGUUCUAAAACACCUGUGCACAUGGAGCCAGAUCUGCUUCCAGAAUGUGCCUCAGUCGAGACCAGUCAUCUGCAUGACAGCAGCUCUUCCUCACACACAACAGAAAACCGGUCCGGGAGCCCUUCAUCAGCCAGAGCUGAAAUGACUGUGAUAUCUGCAGGCAACAGCUCCUGCCCAGAGCUCCCAGGUGUCAGUGGCUGCCCCAGCGACAGUCACCCUGAAGCAGGCCCAGGGACUCCCGAGGCCAUGUUCAGCACUUACCUGUAUUGGCGAGCUCCUCUGCCUGACAUAAGUGAGGAUGUGGAGGUCCUUCUGAGUGAGGCUAGACCCCUGGAAGAAAACCACAGCGGACCUGAGGCCUCUUGUGACAGCUGUGUGGCCAGGAGCGAGAUCCAGAAAGUCCUGCAGAGUCUACAGGGACAUCUGCUGCAGGACCCAGACAUUCAAGCUCAGGUUCAGGUAUUAUCUGCUGCACUGAGAGCAACACAGCUCGGCUCCACUAGUGAACCCGAGAGCAAGCAGACAGAAGGUCUAAAUGCAGAGUCCGUUUCAGAUCCCAGCCCUGCCUCUGACAAUCACAUCCUCCUGUCGGCUUCAUCAUCUCAGAAUGAGCUCUCCGUAGCCAGGAUAUUACAGAGCACAGAUCAAACUGAGCCUCAAAAUAGAGCCAGUGGGCAUCUGGGGACGGAGCAGGGGCAGGAACCUACCACGCUUGAGGAGAAUGAAUCCAAAGCCAGUGGGCACCUGGAGUCGGAGCAGAGGCAAGAAGGGACCGCGCUUGAGAAUAGGGCCAAAGUACAGGACGUAAUCCCUCAGCCUCUGCUUGACCAGUUCGUGUCCAUGACUGACCCAGCUAGAGCCCAGACUGUGGACAUGGACAUCGCCAAACACUGUGCCUACAGCCUCCCCGGGGUGGCCCUGACGCUGGGCCGGCAGAACUGGCACUGCUUGAAGGACACAUUCGAGACCCUGGCUUCUGACGGUCAGUGGAAGGUCCGACGGACCCUCGCCUUUUCCAUUCAUGAGCUGGCAGUGAUUCUCGGGGAUCAGUUGACGGCAGCUGACCUGGUACCCAUCUUCAACGGGUUUUUAAAGGAUCUGGAUGAAGUGCGUGUAGGGGUCCUUAAACACCUCUAUGACUUCCUAAAGUUGCUCCACAAGGACAAGAGGAGAGCGCACCUCCGCCAGCUGCAGGAGUUUGUAGUGACUGACAACAGCAGGAACUGGAGGUUUCGAUAUGAACUAGCAGAGCAGCUGAUUCUGAUCGUGGAUCUCUAUGGCCCCAGCGAUGUUCACGGUUACCUGAGGCACGUUGCCCUGAAGUUGUGUGCAGACAAAGUUGCUCAAGUGCGCUGGAUUUCCUUCAAACUAGUGGUGGUGAUACUUCGUAAGUUCUACUCCCAUGGUGCGAGUGCCCUGGGGCUCAGUUUCAUCCAGGAGCUCAUCUCCAGGUUCCGGCACUGCCCUAAGUGGGUUGGAAGGCAGGCUUUCGCUUGCAUCUGUCAGGCUGUGGUGAGUGAAGACUCUGUCCCUGUGGACCAGUUUGUGGAACACUUGCUUCCCAGCCUCCUGAGCCUGGCAUCGGAUCCUGUGCCAAACGUGAGGGUGCUGCUGGCCAAGGCCCUGUGGCAGACACUGCUGGAGAAGGCAUAUUUUAGAAAUGCCGGGGACCAUCAUCUUGAAGUUGUUGAAGAGACCCUCUUGGCUCUGCAGUCUGACCCGGACCAAGACGUCUCAUUUUUUGCUUCCCUAGAGCCAAAGAUGCAGAAUGCUGCAGACACCACUGUACUGGAAAACUAGAACUAGCACACUGUGGCGGGUGCACAGGGGUGGCUUCAGUGCACACAUGCCUGUAACUUGAAGGGGAUCUAAUUGUAUUGGCACUUGUGGAGGAGAUUUACUUGAGGUGAUGGGGCAGCCCUAUGCUUCCCACCCCUCCAGACCUGACCCUAGGCAGGUUACAAAGGCUGUGUGGAUCCAGGCACCAAUGACUCUCUGGCUUCCACACCAUCAGCUGUGGCCAUCAGUUUGCUUUUUAGGAGAGACUAUGUUACUUAAAAUCUCCCUGAGAGUCUGGUAUGAUUCUUCACACCUGUAGGCCUAGCACCUGGGAGGCUGGGGCAGGGAGAGCGAGAGUUCAAGGUCAAUCUAGAGAAUUCCAGGCCUGCCUGAGCUACAUAACAAAACCCUGUCCAAGGAAACCAAACAUAAGUACAUCCCCUCGCUAAUAAAGUAAUUUAGUAGAAGCUUGUACAUCUUCUCUGGGCUUGCUGCCCUAAUCCUUUCUGAGAAAAUGGGGUUUAUGGCAUUGUAUUUUAUCUCCAACUGAAAUACUGUACAUAUGUAAAUAACUUGACAGAAGGAUGAUAUAUGAAUGUAACACUAGCCUCCCUGGUGAAAAAUAUGUCCUGUGAAGUCUCCUCCUGCUUGUCCCGGAGCUGCUGCACAGCUGUCUUGAUGACCUUUGAACUGUGUCCUAGUAAAGAAUGGUUAGCUCUCUGAGGGCUCCGCUUGGGUAUUGAACUUUUGUUAGCCAUGCUACACUCAGAACGUCUCCCCCAGCUUCACCCUUUCCCUCUUCAGAGACUGAAAACAUGUGUUGGUCUUUGACAGCAGCCAAGUCAGAGGUUGUUUUUAAUUAGGACUCCAGAGGAGGUAGGGUGGGGGCUGAUUGCUGUAAUGCAUGGACAGUGACUUAACACUUUAGACUUCAAAAAAGAAAAGAGCAGAAAAAAAGCCAUACUUUUGACCAGAGCUUUCUAGGCACCAUUGUUUGGGAAUUCAGUUAUGUACUCUUUACAUUGGCUUAAAGUACAAAGAUCUUAGAUUUCCUACUUUUGGAUUUCAGAUGAACAGAAAGAUGCUGUAUAGUUUAAACAGAUUUUCAUUCACUAAUAAUUCUGUAUUCUGUAGACAUUUUCAUUAUGGUUCUGUACCUGUGUCUAUCCCAGCUUUGUGUUUCUGAUUUUAACAUGGCAAAGGUGGCAGAGCAGCCCAUGGGGCCCAGGAGCUUCUUUAAAAACAAAAAAAUAAAAUAAAAUAAAAAUAAAUAAAACCCUGUAAA